AUCCGUCCACCCCUUUGUGGUGUCUCUAAAAUCCUACUAUACAGACAGACGGAGAGGGAGAGAGCUCACUUCCAUUGCCAACAUUCUGCUAAAACUUCAAACUUUGCUCCAAAAAUGGCAGCAGAGAUGGCUCUUGUAAAACCCAAGUUUGCUCCAAAAAUGGCAGCAGAGAUGGCUCUUGUAAAACCCAUCACCAAUUUCAACAAUGUGAGCCCAAAAUUUGGAAGCAGCAGAGCUUGCUCAUACAACAGGUUGAGCUGCUCAAUAAGAAUGUCUGCAACUGCACAGCCCACAGCCAAAAAGUCCCCAAAGAAAGCCAUCAAGGAGACCCUUUUGGCACCAAGGUUCUACACCACUGACUUUGAUGAGAUGGAGACCCUCUUCAACACUGAGAUCAACAAGAACCUCAACCAGGCUGAGUUUGAGGCUCUGCUUCAGGAGUUCAAGACUGACUACAACCAGACCCACUUUGUGAGGAACAAGGAGUUCAAGGAGGCCGCUGAUAAGCUCCAAGGCCCCCUCAGACAGAUUUUUGUGGAGUUCUUGGAGAGGUCUUGCACUGCUGAGUUCUCUGGCUUCCUUCUUUACAAAGAGCUUGGAAGAAGGCUCAAGAAAACCAAUCCAGUGGUGGCUGAGAUAUUCUCUCUCAUGUCCAGGGAUGAAGCCAGGCAUGCUGGGUUUUUGAACAAGGGUCUGUCUGAUUUCAAUUUGGCAUUGGACUUGGGGUUUCUGACAAAGGCCAGGAAAUACACAUUUUUCAAACCAAAGUUCAUCUUCUAUGCCACUUAUUUAUCUGAGAAGAUUGGAUACUGGAGAUACAUUACCAUAUACAGGCAUCUCAAGGAGAACCCUGAGUACCAGUGCUAUCCCAUUUUCAAGUAUUUUGAGAACUGGUGUCAGGAUGAGAACAGGCAUGGUGACUUCUUUUCUGCACUGAUGAAGGCACAACCCCAAUUCCUUAAUGACUGGAAGGCAAAGUUGUGGUCUCGAUUCUUCUGCUUAUCGGUAUAUGUGACAAUGUACCUAAAUGAUUGCCAACGCACAGCUUUCUAUGAAGGCAUCGGGCUCAACACAAAAGAAUUUGAUAUGCAUGUUAUCAUUGAGACGAAUCGCACUACAGCCAGAAUUUUCCCAGCUGUGCUUGAUGUUGAGAACCCAGAAUUCAAAAGGAAACUGGACCGCAUGGUGGAGAUUAACCAGAAGCUGAUUGCUGUCGGGGAAAGCGACGACAUUCCCUUGGUGAAGAACUUAAAGAGGAUACCUAUGGUUGCUGCAUUGGCCUCUGAGCUUCUGGCUGCAUACCUUAUGCCACCCAUUGAGUCCGGAUCUGUUGAUUUUGCUGAGUUUGAAACCCAACUGGUGUACUGAUUUUUUGUAAGAUUUCCCUCUCAUCCCAUAUGAUGUUAGAGCAUAAUUAGUAUGCCUACAAAACCGAGAAGAUGUUGUCAAGUUAUCAACACUUGUUAACAUACCCUUUGCUUCGUAACGUUUAAUUUUUUUUUAAUGUAAAAAUGGUUUCCCUUUGGCAAUAUUCUUGGUCAUA